AUGUCUCGUGCUGAACGUCGUCCAUCAAUGGCAGAGCGUAGGAACUCAUUUUUAUCUUCACCAAUGCAAUCGGUCGGUACUCCAUUGGUAGUGCCUCAUUUAGCUGGUAUUGAAGAUCCAUUGCCUGAUACUACACCAGAAAAAGUCGACGUUUUAAUUGCAGGUACCGGUAUGGUGGAGAGUGUCUUGGCUGCUGCUUUAUCAUGGCAAGGUUCAAACGUUUUACAUAUCGAUAAAAAUGAUUAUUAUGGGGAUACUUCUGCUACUUUAACUGUAGACCAGCUAAAACAAUGGGUUAAUGAUAUCAAUUCAAAUUCUUCCAAAUGUUAUGAGAAUGCAAAAUUAUAUAUUUCAAAAACCUUAAGUCAGAGAAAUAAAUAUCAAUCAAGAGAUUUUGGUAUUGAUUUAUCUCCAAAAAUCUUAUUUGCAAAUUCAGAUUUGCUUUCGAUUUUAAUUAAAUCGAGAGUACACCAAUAUUUGGAAUUCCAAUCUUUAUCAAACUUUCAUACCUUUGAAAAUGAUUCGUUUGAAAAAUUAACAAAUUCAAAACAAGAAAUUUUCACAGAUCAAAGUUUAUCCUUAAUGACAAAAAGAAACUUAAUGAAAUUUAUAAAAUUUGUAUUGAAGUGGGAAGAACAACCGGAAAUCUGGAAACCUUAUACUGAUAGACCCAUAAUUGAUUUAUUAUUAGAAAAAUUCAAGCUAGAGAGAGAACAAAUCUUCGAAUUAAUUUUUUCCAUUGGUUUAUGUUAUAACUUGGAAUCCAAAACUGUUGGUGCAUUACAAAGAAUUCGUAGAUAUUUAACCAGCUUUGAUGUUUAUGGUCCUUUCCCAGUCUUAUACUCAAAAUAUGGUGGCCCAGGAGAAUUAUCUCAAGGUUUCUGUAGAUCAGCAGCAGUAGGCGGUGCUACAUAUAAGUUAAAUCUACAAUUGGUUUCAUACAAUCCAACAACUAAAGAGGCAACAUUUAAUGAUGGCUCAAAGGUAAAAGUUGAGGAAAAAGUAAUCAUGUCUCCAACACAGACAGCAAGUGAUAGUAAAAACGUCCCAGACCAACCAUAUGAAGUCCAUAGAUUAACAUGUAUUGCAGAAAAAUCAUGUUCACAAUGGUUUGCUGAAGGAGAAUCUGCAGCUAUUGUUGUAUUCCCACCAAACUCUUUGAAGUCCAAUAAUAGACAAGUUGUUCAAGCCUUUAUACUAGGAUCUGGUACUGAAACGUGUCCAGCUGGAACCAGUAUAUGGUAUCUAUCGACUACUGAAACUGGCUCUAGAGCUGAAUUAGAUCUUGAUGCUGCAUUAGAAGCAUUGGAAGUGAGCUUAAUUAGAGAAACUUCUACUGAAUUUGAAAAUGAAAAUGGAAUUUUAGAAUUUGGACCAAAUGGUGAAAGUAUUAUUAAUUCAGUUAAGCUUGGGAAAUCAUUUAAAGAAUAUAUCCCAAGGGACAAAAUUCAAUUUCUUUUAAAAUUGUAUUAUACUCAAUAUACUAGUACUCCGGUAUUUGACGUUGUUAAAGAUGAGUUCUUCAAUAGAAAACAUGAUGCGAACCAAGAAUUGCUUAUCCCUGGUGCUAGUGACAAUGGUGUUAUUUUUUCAUCUAUGCCAUCUGCUGAAAUAUCUUAUGAUGAGGUAGUAACCUCGGCUAAAGUGCUAUAUGAGAAGAUUGUAGGUAGUGACGAUGAUUUCUUUGACGUUGAUUUUGAAGAAGAUGAAGUACCUACAGGAAGCAGAACUGCUCCUGUUGAAUAUGAAAAUACUUUUGAAGAAGAUGAUGACGAAGAUAUCGAAAUGUCAAACUCUAACGUCGAAGAAGCAGUAGGAGAGAUGGAAAUAUAG